AUGGACCCGCUGGAUGGAUCCUUGCAUGGCGAGCUCGGUAGAAUAAAGGACCGCGCGGCUGCUAACCGACUAGGUGUACUGACGACAACGUCAAGGAGGUUGCCUCCCAGUGGAUGCCGAGGCGUAGGUAGAAUAAGCAAAUAUGAUAAAGCUUCAUCUCUUGAACCGAGCAGCAGUGUCAUCGCGUUUAAUCCUAGGAAUUAG